UAUCACACAUUCAUUUUAACAGAGAGAGAGAGAGAGAUAUGGAAGGAAUGAGAGAAAUCGCGAGAUCCUACUACGACAGAGCAAGCGACGCCGAGAAGAUAUCGAUCGAACAAUCCUUCGCAAAACUCGACGUCGACAGCGACGGGAAGAUAAGCCUGGCGGAGUUCAAGAAGUCGGUGAGCUUGUGGCUAUGCGCGGAUGCCGUGUUCCAGAAACUUGACAAGAACGGCGACGGGUGCCUCGAUUUCGAUGAGUUUCUGUGCCUUUACUACAUGGAGAAGAAGGUGGCCAUAGGCAAAUGCAGCGGCUGCUCGGAGCUGCUGGUGGGGCCCUACUUCUCUUGCUCGCUUUGCUUGGGAAGAGGCGAAGAUACGUACGACCUCUGCUGCUCUUGCUACCGCCGUGGCGCUGAGUUGCCGCAUGAGCACUCUGUGCAGAACAUGAUGGAUCAUCACUCUCUGCUCACGCUCCUCAGGAAUCGUACGGCUGAGGAUGAAAAAGUCCAAAAAAAGAAAGGAAUGGAAGAACUACACGUAAUCGCAAAAGCCCAUUACCGAGCAGGAUCUCCACAGGUCAAAAAAUUAGCAAGAGAAUUUUACAAAUCCAUGGACACAGAUGGAGACGGUCAAGUCGAUCUUUCCGAGUUCAUAGCCUUCAUGAAGCACGAAGGCUAUUCCUUCAUGCAAAACCGUUCUUUCUUCGACAAGCUUGACCUAGACAACAGAGGCACCCUAGACUUCUAUGAUGUCAUGACAUUGUAUUACAUCAUUAGGAGUGGCCGCCCCUUCUGCGACUGCUGCGCUGAAUUCAUCCCCGGAAUAUUCUUCUCCUGUGUCGACUGCUUUAAGAAUCCGAAAACCUCAUUCCAUCUGUGUUGUGAUUGCUAUCAGAUGCGGAAAUGCAAUCAUAAUCACGACGGCCGGUCUCAGUUUCUGGACAAUUAUGCAUUUUUGCAAGCUAUGAGAGAUCCGGAGCUUGCACAUGCGUCGGGGGUAAAUUCUAAUGAGGCUAGGAAUAGACCCACAAAUUCCAUGUUUCCAUUACAACAUGAAGGCACUGUAGUUAUGAUAGAAAAUGCAAUUGUUCAAGCACCACCAAAACCAAAGUGGAAUAAAAGGAAGGCUGCAUAUUAUUUACUUGACACAGCAGUCAAAUUCGGGGCCUUUUCCACCUUCAGCUCCUGCACUAUUUUGUGAAUAUAUGAGAGAGCAAAAUAAAUUCAUAAGGAAGAAAAAGGUGAAAAGUCUACGGUGAUCUUUGGUACCGAUGACAUCCUUUGGGCUUUUUAUGUUUGCUUUGUUAUAUCAUUUUUCUUUUUUUGUUUUUAAUUUGCAUUCAUGAACUACCUGCUAGCUGCUAGCUGCUGUUGUUUGUUCUCGUUGCUUUUGGAAUUUUUUGU